AUGACUCUCAUUAUCUCUCUCCAUUCCAUGAUUGAGGAGCAAGAGAAGAGACACUCCCAAACUACUUCCCAUUGGCCAUAGGCCUUUCGGCGAUGGAAUUUAACGACUUGAAGGAAAGACUGUUGCUGCAGGAGCCACAGAGGCAUUGGUUAUAAGGGCCCUUUCUAACUCCUGAUCUGAGCUUGUCAACAGGUGUCAGAGAGAGAAGCAAUAGAGCGCCAGAUUCUCAGGCUUUCAGAGGACGGAGUCACAGGGAAUUGCAACGCCAUGACUACUAGACUUCACUGGCUCUCAAGAGCCCUCUGCCUGAUAGGCAUACUGUGCACUGUCACUACCACAUAUGUGACAGAAGAUUCUCCAGCCCCCGUUGAGAAAGGAGUCACCUUCAGCCACAUCUAUAAAAUAGACCUGGCCAAGAGCCCUGACUGUAAAUUGGCCUUGCAGACCAUGCCUCACCUGCAGGACCAGGGAUUAGGUCUGCAAGAGCUGGAGGGGGGCCCUACUCUGGAGGGGGACAAGGACAUAGUAUUCAGGCACCAAAUCAACCUCAAGACCCCAAAGUGUGACUGUGAUGAGUCGGAGGGCUUCAAGUCUUUGCUGUACAGAGUCAACGGGCUGGAGGAGGAGGUGGAACACCUGAAGAGUCAGUGCUCCCAGGGCUGCUGUGGUGGCAAAGGUGGUGGAGCAGGAGGUGUGGACACUAGCUGUAGUGGCCACGGGACCUACCAGCACGACACCUGCAGCUGCCAAUGUAACCCUGGCUGGGAAGGCCCAGACUGCUCUAUCUCCACCUGUCCUGAUGAGUGCAACGACCAUGGCCGCUGUGUGGACGGGAAGUGUGUGUGCCUUGCUGGCUACAUGGGGAGUGACUGCAGCCAGCUGAUGUGCCCAGGCAACUGCAACGAUAAGGGAUACUGCAUGGACGGGAAGUGUGUGUGCUUCAGCCACUUCACCGGCGAAGACUGCAGCGUACAGAAAUGCAGUCCUGACUGCGUCCACGGCACCUGUGUGAAUGGAAUGUGUAUCUGUGACGAGGGCUUCUUUGGGGAUGAUUGCUCUGCAGUGUUUGGCCCUAACGGCCUGCAUCUGGUCAGGGUGACUGAUGUCUCGCUACUGGUAGAGUGGCAGGCGGUGAGAGCAGCAGAGUACUAUGUCUUGACCUGGCACCCUGAGGGCAACGAUGCAGAGCUGGAGCGGGUCACCGUUCCCAACACAGAGACCUCCUACCUGAUCACCGGUCUUAGGCCGGGGGUCACCUACAUAGUGCAGGUGUACGCGGUCAUCAAGGAGAUCCAGAGCGAGGGAGACAGGAUAGAGGCGACCACAGUGGUGUCUGGUAUUGAUGGUAUCCGGGUAUUGGGCCAGACUGAGGACUCUAUCCAGGUGGACUGGCAGAACCCUGCAGCACCUCUGGACCACUUCAGACUGACCCAUGCUAACCCUGACGGGCAGGAGGAGGAGCAGAUCGUACCUAUGAGUGCAGAGGCCAGGACCACCAACACCAUCGUAGGACUGCAACCUGGCACUGAGUACCUCAUCACAGUGCAAGGCAUCAAAGGCACCAUUGAGGGGAAAGCCUCCUUCGUCACCGGGGUCACAGAUCUUGACACUCCUACUAACCUCUUGACCAAAGAAGUGACAGAGGACACUGCUACCGUGGAAUGGCAGAAGGUACAAGCAGAAAUCGACGGCUACGUGAUCAGCUACAGCUCUGCUGAUGGCUCCAGUGGGGAGAUCCCUGUGGGGGCAGACAGCAGCUCCUACAGGCUGACUGGGCUGACGCCUGGAGUCAUCUACACAGUCUACAUCUGGGCUGUCAAGGGCUCCCGGGUCAGCAGGAAGAGCUCCACAGAAGCUGAGACAGCUCUGGAUGCUCCUGCUAACCUGUUGACCAGAGAAGUGACAGAGGACACAACGACAGUAACAUGGGAUAAAGUCCAGGCUGAAAUCGACGGCUAUGUGAUCAGUUACAGCUCUGCUGAUGGCUCCAGUGGGGAGAUCCCUGUGGGGGCAGACAGCAGCUCCUACAGGCUGACUGGGCUGAGGCCUGGAGUCAUCUACACAGUCUACAUCUGGGCUGUCAAGGGCUCCCGGGUCAGCAGGAAGAGCUCCACACCAGCUGAGACAGAUCUGGAUGCUCCUACUAACCUCUUGACCAGAGAAGUGACCGAGGACACAGCCGAUGUGUCGUGGGACAGACCUCUAGCGGACAUCGACGGCUACAUGAUCAGCUACAGCUCUGCUGAGGGCUCCAGUGGGGAGAUCCCUGUGGGGGCAGACAGCAGCUCCUACAGGCUGACUGGGCUGAGGCCUGGAGUCAUCUACACAGUCUACAUCUGGGCUGUCAAGGGCUCCCGGGUCAGCAGGAAGAGCUCCACACCAGCUGAGACAGAUCUGGAUGCUCCUACUAACCUCUUGACCAGAGAAGUGACAGAGGACACAGCCGAUGUGUUGUGGGACAGACCUCUAGCGGACAUCGACGGCUACAUGAUCAGUUACAGCUCUGCUGAGGGCUCCAGUGGGGAGAUCCCUGUGGGGGCAGACAGCAGCUCCUACAGGCUGACUGGGCUGAGGCCUGGAGUCAUCUACACAGUCUACAUCUGGGCUGUCAAGGGCUCCCGGGUCAGCAGGAAGAGCUCCACACCAGCUGAGACAGAUCUGGAUGCUCCUACUAACCUCUUGACCAGAGAAGUGACAGAGGACACAGCCGAUGUGUCGUGGGACAGACCUCUAGCGGACAUCGACGGCUACAUGAUCAGCUACAGCUCUGCUGAUGGCUCCAGUGGGGAGAUCCCUGUGGGGGCAGACAGCAGCUCCUACAGGCUGACUGGGCUGAGGCCUGGAGUCAUCUACACAGUCUACAUCUGGGCUGUCAAGGGCUCCCGGGUCAGCAGGAAGAGCUCCACACCAGCUGAGACAGAUCUGGAUGCUCCUACUAACCUCUUGACCAGAGAAGUGACAGAGGACACAGCCGAUGUGUCGUGGGACAGACCUCUAGCGGACAUCGACGGCUACAUGAUCAGUUACAGCUCUGCUGAGGGCUCCAGUGGGGAGAUCCCUGUGGGGGCAGACAGCAGCUCCUACAGGCUGACUGGGCUGAGGCCUGGAGUCAUCUACACAGCCUACAUCUGGGCUGUCAAGGGCUCCCGAGUCAGCAGGAAGAGCUCCACACCAGCUGAGACAGAUCUGGAUGCUCCUACUAACCUCUUGACCAGAGAAGUGACAGAGGACACAGCCGAUGUGUCGUGGGACAGACCUCUAGCGGACAUCGACGGCUACAUGAUCAGUUACAGCUCUGCUGAGGGCUCCAGUGGGGAGAUCCCUGUGGGGGCAGACAGCAGCUCCUACAGGCUGACUGGGCUGAGGCCUGGAGUCAUCUACACAGCCUACAUCUGGGCUGUCAAGGGCUCCCGAGUCAGCAGGAAGAGCUCCACACCAGCUGAGACAGAUCUGGAUGCUCCUACUAACCUCUUGACCAGAGAAGUGACCGAGGACACAGCCGAUGUGUCGUGGGACAGACCUCUAGCGGACAUCGACGGCUACAUGAUCAGCUACAGCUCUGCUGAUGGCUCCAGUGGGGAGAUCCCUGUGGGGGCAGACAGCAGCUCCUACAGGCUGACUGGGCUGAGACCUGGAGUCAUCUACACAGUCUACAUCUGGGCUGUCAAGGGCUCCCGGGUCAGCAGGAAGAGUUCCACACCAGCUGAGACAGAAAUUGAUUCGCCUAAGAACCUAAAAGCAUCAGAUGUUAAGCUGGAUGCUGCGACCCUGACCUGGAAUGCUCCCUUAGCCAGAAUCGAUGGCUACAUCCUCACAUUCAGAGCUGAGGAUGGCACGUUGAAGACUUUGGAGAAGAAGCUGAGGGCAGGAGAGAGCAGGUUUGCCAUGUCAGGCCUGGAGAUGGGAAAGAACUAUAUUGUUACCCUCCUCGCUUACAGAGGAGCAAAGAGGAGCAGAGUGAUAGAGACCACGUUCAAAACAGUGGGUUUGUUGUACCCGUUCCCCAUGGACUGUACUCAGAUUAAGACGAAUGGUAACAUGGCAAGUGGAAUCUACACGAUUUAUAUCAACAGUGAUCGCACCAAGCCCAUGGAAGUGUACUGUGACAUGGACACUGAUGGCGGUGGAUGGGUGGUGUUACAAAGACGCAACAAUGGACAGAUGGACUUCAUGAAGCGCUGGAGACAGUACAUGGCUGGCUUUGGGAACAUGACUGAUGAGUUCUGGCUCGGUCUGGACAAUAUCUAUGAGCUGACUAAUACUCCUACCCAGUAUGAGCUGCGAGUGGACCUGGGCGUGGGUUCAGAGAAGGCCUAUGCUGUCUAUGACAACUUCAAGAUAGCCCCAGCAAAGCAGAAGUUCAAGCUGACCAUUGGCAAAUACAGAGGAACAGCAGGUGAUGCCAUGAACUACCAUCAAGGUCGCCCUUUCUCUACUUUUGACAAUGACAAUGACAUUGCUCUUGGUAACUGCGCCUUUACUCAUCGUGGUGCUUGGUGGUACAAGAACUGUCACCUUGCCAACCUGAACGGCAAAUUCGGAGACAACAGACACAGCAUGGGUGUGAACUGGGAGCCAUGGAAAGGCCACCUGAUGUCUCUUGAUUUCACUGAGAUGAAGAUCCGGCCAGUGGGCGCCGCCAGGAAGAGGAGGUCGCUUAGCAGCAGAACAGCUCCCAGAAAAUAGUCCCUCUGACUAACAAAAAUAUUAAAUGGGAUCCUCAUUACAAACCAGGCAGAGUAGCUAGAGCCUCAACUCUAUCACAGGAUUACUGUAUAACUUACCUUCUGUAACGUAUCCCAUGGCUGUCUUUAUUAUGAAUAGGGGUCCCUUUUGUGAUAGCAAAUUCAUCAGGGACCCCCUCAUAAUCAGAACACAACUCGAGUGAGAUAAAAAUAGCAUUCAAGGAGUUUUACUAUGACUUCGGCAGUGCAUGGCCAGACGAACCAAGUAUCAGGCCCUGGGAAGGAAUGUUAAACAUAAUUUAAAAAAUGUAUAUUGUUUGACUUUGUUUUGAUCUGGCCACGGACCCCCCGCGGACCCCACUUUGAGAAUCCCUGAGCUAGAUGACCCAAUGACACCAUGUUUUUAGGAUAGUUAUACCGCUCUUGUUCAUAUUCAUAACAUAGCAUAGACCCUGACCCUCUCGUCUAAGGUUUGGUCCCCUGCCUACCCAGCCUACUCUGAGUUAGCUAGAUAUCACAUUUCAGAUGUCUUGCAUAGGAAAUAGAAUGGAUGAUAUGCCCCUGUGCUUGUAAGAUUGUAUUUUCAAAUGUGUAUUGUAGUUGUUGUAUUAUAUUCAUGCCACACAUUCUCAGAGAAAUAAAGUCCCUUCAAAAAAGUUGCUUUUUAGCUCUAG